UAUCAUUUUCAACCAACACUUUCAGAAACAAGUACAAUGUUCGCUAAGAUUCUCGCUGUAUCUGCCUUUGUGGCUUUCGCUCAAGCUGGACUUCUGCCAGCAGCUCACUUAGUCAGUGAACACGCUGUAGAUUACUAUGCUCACCCAAAAUACGAAUUCAACUAUGGAGUUCAAGAUGGACACACCGGAGACAACAAAUCCCAACAUGAAGUACGUGAUGGAGAUGUUGUGAAGGGAUACUACACCGUUGCCGAACCCGAUGGUACCUUGAGAACCGUCCACUACACCGCUGAUGACCACAACGGUUUCAACGCUGUUGUAGAAAAAUCUGGACAUGCUGUACACCCACAACAAGUUGCUCAUGCUGUACCUGUUGUACACGCCGCCCCUGUUGUCCACUCAGCCCCAAUUGUUCACUCCGCCCCUAUUGUACAUUCUGCUCCAAUUUACCAUCAAGUUGCUCCCCAAUACUACCAUUAUUACAUUGUGUUACAGGUUCUUGCCUUAUCUGCUUUUGUGGCUUUUGUACAAGCUGGAUUAUUGCCUUCAGCUCAUUCUGGAGAUGAACAUGCCAUUGAUUAUCACGCUCACCCCAAAUACGAUUUCAACUAUGGAGUCCAAGAUCCACAUACUGGUGACCAAAAAUCUCAUCACGAAUCUCGUGAUGGUGAUGUUGUAAAGGGAUCCUACUCACUUGUAGAACCUGAUGGUACCUUGAGAACUGUCCACUACACAGCCGAUGACCAUAACGGAUUUAACGCCGUUGUAGAAAAAUCUGGACACGCUGUACAUCCCCAACAAGUCGCACAUGCUGCCCCUCAGGACCACUAUUAUCAUUAAAUACACUCACGGAUAUAUUCCCUGAUUUUUGUAUAUAUUUUUGUAUUAUA